AUGAUGCGCUACGGGUUUGCCGAGGACCCAUUUGCUGAGCGGGCUGUGGAGACAGAUGCAGACCACCAGGAGCUGCGGCGGGUGACGCUUGAGAACCUGUCGCUGUCGAUGGAAGAGCUCGCACGCAAAGUGCGCGAGGAGGAGUGUGGCGCACAGGGCGAGAAAUACCGCCAGGUGUUUGGCAUAAGCUGGCUGAUGCGGCACUCCGCUCAACCCUGCAUCCUUCGGCAAGCUGGUACGUAUGGUGUAUCCCGACAUCAAGACGCGACGCCUGGGCGUACGUGGGCAAUCCAAAUACCACUACUGUGGGAUGAAGCUGCGAGAGGAGAGCCUUGGGCGGCGCGAUGGAGAGGGCGCGUUCCUCAAGGGGCUCGAGCCGCUGCUCGAGAAGGAGUUCAAGAGGGAGAUGCAAGAGGAGGCAGUCAAGGUUCUAGACGACGUCCUGCACCUGCUGUGCGGGACGGGGCAGGAGGGUCAGAAGACAGAGAAGGAGGAAGGGGAGGAGGGGGGCAACACGCUGGACGGGGCGCUGAACCGAUGGGCAGAGUACUUUUCAUCGCUGCCGGGGCGGUUCCCAAGCGUCUCGCCGAAACUGUUUCUACUGUGUGCAGGGACGGUCGAGACGGCGAUUCUACGGGAGAUCACGGUUGCAGGGGGGGAGUCGUUUGGGGCGUGGUGGGUCGUUCGGUGCUGGAUCGACGAGUGGAUGUGUUGGAUCAGCGAGCGGGGUGGGUUUCUUGA